CUGUCUUUUUGUUCUUUUCCAAUGUUAUUAUUUUUCUUUUAGUUUAUUCGUUUUUCUUUCAUUAAGAUAAAAUAACUAUUGCAUUUCUACAGUUUUAUUGAAGAGCUACUGAUUUUGACUUGGUUUAGACGUACCAGCACGUAAGAGAUGAGUGAAUCGUGUGUAGAAACACCGGAAGCCCCGGCUUGGCUCUCUAAAUUAGAGAGUCAAAGAGAAAAACUCAGUAAAGCCCGGCUUGGUCACGACAGUGGGGCCGGUGCUCCUUGCAAUUCUUGCGGUCCCACAUGCCCAGGGCUAGAUUUACAUUUUUGGCGUAAAGUAUGCCGAUCUUGUCACUGCAGUAAAGAUGUUCAUGAUGUGCAAGAUGAUGACUUAUCGGGGUGGGCACAGUUUGAAUUGCUGGGUACAACUAGACCUAAGAAGUCAUCGUUACCUCUCAUUAAAAUCCGUGGAGUGACUGACAAACCUGUGAAACUUGAUUGGGUACCACCUAAUGCAUCUACCGAAUUGGUGUCAGAGUACAUGUCAUGUCUGGGUCCAUUGGCGCCGGUAUCAGGAUCCGACGCGGCCCGACGUCGGCGCGCUCAGCUGCGCACUCAGCUGCCGCCCCAUGAUGUCGCCCCUGACGUUCGCCGUCAUGCUUCCGACGAAGAAAAAUCUGAACACACAGAAUAUAUAUCACGUAUAAAAGAUCAUGUCGUCGGCAUGGGCAAUGUGGUCCGUGUUGGGCCACUUCAGACAGGAGAUGUAUUUUCCAUUGAAAACAGUAAGACACACGCUCCUAAAUCAUAUGCACUACCUUUGAAAAUAUCCAAUGUAUGCAGAGGUGUCAAAUACAAUAUUGUACCUAAAAACGCUUCAGAUAAAAAAUUAGUUCUGGAUACUCAGGGUAAUAUAGUAAGUAGUGCUGCCAAUUUACCAGAUUAUAAGGCAAGUCCUACAAUAAGCAGAGUCGUGAAGGAUAAACUUUAUGUAAUGCGUAUAGAAUCUGACCGAAUUAAGAGUGCCGUUGAGCAUGGACCUGUUUAUGACAAACUAUUUAAAAACCUUCAUGAAUUAAAUAUACCCAUUAGCAACGAUGUGUAUCUUGAGCCCAUUAAAAUAUUUCGGGAGGAGUAUAAUAGUAAUCCUCAGUUUAAACAAGAAAUGAAUGAUUUUUGUACAAAAGCACUGGGUGCUCAAAUAAUGACUGAUUUAUGGUCAUCGCCUAACAAUAAUGUCAUGGGUAACGCGAAAGUUGUGGACAACAGAAUACAAAAGGGAACAAUAUUCGCUCCAAACGGGGAAAUAUGGGGCUGGAAGCAUGAGCCAAUCCAACAAGAGCAUAGUGGUACAUUAUGUUCAACAAAAAUAAAUCCUCAAUAUUCUACCAGUAUGAAACCAAUCAAUCAGGUUGAGCCUCAACAGACUGCUCCAUUAAGAAAAUAUCAAAGGACUCAGUCGGAAGAUGAACUUCCGCCACCUCCACCUCCUAACUACAAUACAUAUCCUGGCGCAAUGUCUCCAUCUAAUACAGAUUGGAAUAAUUCACCGAUAGACAAUGUUCAAAUACCUGAUAACGCAGGGUACGAGGUUGAAUCACAAAUUUCUGAUUUCGACGACAAUAUCACGCCCAUCAUUGAUCAACUUGCUGAUUUUACACUUAGCCCCGCCGAAGCAGAAUUCAACAGGAAACUGUAUAAUGAAGGAGUACCUUGCCAACGAUGUAAUAAGUCUAUGUUCGCGGGCGAGGUCGCAGUUAAAGCUGAUCGAGCGGGUCAGGAAGCAAUUUGGCAUCCUCAGUGCUUCACUUGUUGCAAAUGCGGGGAGCUACUGGCUGACCUUGUCUACUUUUAUCAUAAGGGAGAAAUUUACUGCGCCAGAGAUUUGGCCAAUGUUUUAGAAAUUCCCCGAUGCGCCGGGUGCGACGAGUUGAUCUUUACACGUCCAUAUACCGCAGCAGAAGGCAGAGCUUUCCACGUUCAACAUUUCUGUUGUUAUCAUUGUGAUGCUCCACUAGGGGGGAAAAAGUAUGUUCCGGAUGAUAAAACAGGCCUACCAAUAUGUUUGUCGUGUUACGAUCAGUUCUAUGCAGAGCGUUGUCGCGCCUGUGGAGGUGUUAUUGGGCCUGAACAACAGGGGGUUUCGUGGAGUAACAUGCAUUGGCAUGCCAAUUGCUUUAUAUGUUCCGGUCGAAUGUGCGGUAAAAGCUUACUCAGCGGUCGCUUCGUUGUUAAACAAGAAAUGCCAUUUUGCAGUGUGCCAUGUGUACAGAGCAAAAUUAAGUAAAUCAGCUUGCACUAGAUUUCUUAAGGGUCACAAAGUAUAUACACCGUUUUAUACUCGUUUAUACAUAUUAUAUCAAUAAUUAUAAAAGACAUUUAAAAUUUUAUAGUUUACUUAUAAAAUAUAUUUAAAAUUUUAUAGUUAGUAGUAUACAUAUAAAAUGUUUUAUGUAUCAAAUUUCUAUUUUUAAAUUUGUGCCAAAAUGAAACGUUGAACUUACAUGUAAACUCAGGGGACCAUAAUACAUAAGUGUUAAGUUGAAUUAACUAUUUUUUAUAAAUAAUAUUAUAACCUAAUUUACAAGGUAGAUAGAUAAAAUAUAGAUAGUCCAUAAAACCGUAUUAUAAAUACACACGAGCAUUUAUUACCUAUUGUACGUUUGUAAAAUAGUAUGAUAUAUGAUUGAUUAUAUUUCAAUCUAAAAGUAUUAUAUUAAGAAAAAGACCAGUAUUUAUUGAUAAAGUAAUAAUAAAAUCGUCAUUUGGAUAAAAUUGUGGUACUAAGUAGUAUAAUAGUAGUACGUACGUAAUUUCUAUUUUAAGAUAUAAUAGGAUUAAAAAAUAUUGAAAAUGUCUAUACAUUCUUUGUAAGUGCCAUUAGAUAUAUUUUUAUAUUUUUCC